GACGGCUUCCUGGUGCUGCUCCCUACCACCACCACCCACCGUCCACCGCCCGCGCGCCCAUCCAUAUCGCUGCAGUCAUCCGAUCGCAUUCUAGCGGUCACCUACAGCCAGGAUGACGCUCUUCAUCCUCACCGAAACCUCGGCGGGUUAUGCGCUGCUCAAAGCCAAGGACAAAAAGCUGCUCAAGCGCGAUGAUAUUGCCAAAGAGGCCAGCACCGCCGAGGGCGUGUGUGGUCUGUUGAAGAUGAAGGAGUUCCACAAGUUCACCAGCGCUGCGUCUGCGCUUGAGGAAGCUGCUGCACUGACCGAGGGCAAGGUUACGCCUACCCUCGCUGGCAUGCUCGACAAGAUCAAGGACGAGAAGAAGGUCUCGCUUGCCGUUGCCGACCCUAAGCUGGCCAAUGCGAUUGGCAAGCUGCCCAACCUUCAAAUCACACCUGUGUCCGACUCGAGCACUGCCGAUAUCUAUCGAGCUAUCCGCGAGCAUCUCCCAUCGCUUAUCCCUGGUCUCAUGCCAGAGGACAUCAACACCAUGUCUCUCGGUCUUUCACACAGCUUGUCCCGCCACAAGCUCAAAUUCUCCCCCGACAAGGUCGAUACCAUGAUCAUUCAGGCGAUUGCCCUGUUGGAUGACCUGGACAAGGAGCUGAACACCUACGCCAUGCGAGUCAAGGAGUGGUAUGGCUGGCAUUUCCCUGAGAUGGCGCGCAUCAUCAAUGACAACCUUGCAUACUCUCGUGUCAUUCUAUCGAUGGGCAUGCGAACCAAUGCUGCAGAGGCCGAUCUUUCAGACGUGCUUCCCGAGGAGAUCGAGACCGCUGUCAAGGCAGCUGCUGAAGUGUCCAUGGGAACAGAAAUCACCGAUGAUGAUUUGGACAACAUUAAGGCACUUGCUGAGCAAGUUGUUGGUUUUACCGAAUACCGCGCACAGCUUUCGUCGUAUCUCUCAGCACGUAUGCAGGCUAUCGCACCUAACCUUACCACACUUGUCGGCGAGCUUGUUGGAGCACGACUUAUCGCUCACGCCGGUUCGUUGAUGAACCUCGCCAAGUCACCUGCAUCAACCAUUCAGAUCCUUGGUGCUGAGAAGGCUCUGUUCCGUGCUCUCAAGACCAAGCACGACACACCAAAGUACGGUCUCAUCUACCAUGCUUCUCUCAUUGGACAGGCGUCAGGAAAGAACAAGGGUAAGAUCGCGCGUAUGCUCGCUACAAAGUCAACACUGGGUCUGCGUGUGGAUGCUUUGAGUGACUGGGGACAAGCUGGCAAGGGCGAAGAGGAAGAGCCAACGGAAGAGGAGAAGUCAGCGAUCGGUGUGUCAGGGCGUGCAGCAGUCGAGCGAAGACUACAAGCGCUCGAGGGUAAGCCUCUCAAGGCGAACAAUGUGGCCAUCGGGCCCAACGGUCUCAGAACAGCUCCCGCCAAAUGGGAGAUCAAGGAGGCUCGCAAGUACAACGCCGAUGCCGAUGGGGUCGCAGCCGAUGCGCCAGCAGCCGUUGCGAACGGCGAUGUUGAGCCUUCUUCCAGCAAGAAGCGCAAGCUUGUGGAAGAGGUCCAGACAAAUGGAGGAGCCGAUGACAGCGAGGACGAGGACGACGUUGACGACACAGUCGCCACCUUCCAAGGCGCAUCAUCGAAGAGCGAGUCGAAAGAGGAGCGUGCGGCCAGGAAAGCUGAGAAGAAGGCAAAGAAGGCUGAGAAGCUCGCCAAAAAGGCCGAAAAGGAGGCCAAGAAGGCGUCAAAGGAAUCGAAGAAGCGGAAAGCCGACGACGAAGACGAGCCUGUGAAGAAGAAGAAGAAGAGCAAGGCAUAGUUUGACUCACAGGUUUUGAGUCUGUCGAUCUGGUCUGGAAAGCAUUCCUUUGGCGUUACAAAGCUUUGGCGGCUCGGCGUUGUUUGUUGUUCUCUUAUGGCGGGAAGACGAUUUCGAUUGUGGAUGAAAUGCUCGGCGCUCGAGGCGUUCCUGACUGACUGUACACACCACCGAAAGCGUGAGUCCGGUGUAUGACUGUUAUACUUAUUGUACACUUCCCGGAAUGAUUGAAGAUAGUCUCCGAUGAUGGCCUCGCGGUUGUCAAGUGUAAUGCAUGUCUUCUACUCAGAAACAGUACUUGUCUCUCUUCUCCG